AUGGCGGGCUUGUGUUGGGCGCUCCUGAGCACCGCCCUGCGCUACCCUUGGCCCACAAACGUGCUGCUCUACGCCGCGCUCUUCUCAGCCGGCGACGCACUGCAGCAGCGGCUGCGGGGCGGCCCUGCUGACCGGCGGCAGACGCGGCGCGUGGCCACCGUGGCCGUGGCCUUCCACGCGAACUCCAACUACGUGUGGCUGCGCCUGCCGGAGCGCAUCGCCGUCCUGGCCAAGGUGCUGUGCGACCAGGCGCUCGGCGGGCCGGUGUACGUCUCUGCCUUCUACUUCAAGUGGUCUGAUGUACUGGCCUUUUGUACAGGCAGCUGUUCUGUCUUAAGCUGGGCACAGUCCAGAUCUUUACCUACUUUGGCCCCAGGCCCAUAA